CAUACACACAAACACUCCUUCGCUCAAUCGUAGCCACCUUCAAAGUCAAAUUUCGGUUCAUUGUCAUUGAUUGUUAAUUUUUCCAAAAAGUUUAUUCCUGUGUACAAUGCCUUCAGCAUCGAGUAACGUUAAAGUAGAAAAACAACAAUCAUCCAACGCAAAUGCUGCGGAAAUUGUUGAUAACAAUAAACUGGGUUUCGACGGAAACUCUGCCAUCGGUCAAGUGUAUAACUCAAUUGCUCAUAAGAUUCGGAAUCUCGAGAAACGUAAGGGUAAACUUGAGUCGUACCGUGACACAGAGAAGUCCGGAAAGGAGCUGAGCAACGACCAGAAAGUUGCGGUGUCCAAGUACAACGAGGUAACGCAAACGCUGGAAUUUGCUCGUGAAUUCCAAAAGCAAAUUCAGCAAAUUGCCACCGUUUCGGAGAAGGAAUUGAAAAAGAAGCAGAAAAAAGAUGAGGCCGCAAAGCGACAGAAUGAGGCCAACAAAAUCCGUGAAGUAUUAGUCAUUCAAGACAUUCUCAAUCUGUUGACGGAGAACGAAAUUCGCGACGAUUUUUUGAACGGUGCGAAUGGAGCGUGUCAGCUGGAGAAGAAUGAAUUGGACAUUUUGGAUAAGUUCCAAUCCGAAGUGACACCAAAGCAUCCGAAUGCGCCGGAAGAGGUUCCGUUUAGAACAGCGGUUCAGAAGUCAGCCGAUCAUUUCCUCAAUACGAUCGAUGGGAAGCCAAGGGAAUUCGGCGAAUCGAAGUACAGCGACAUCAAAAACAUUUUCAAGAAUAUCCAGAAAUGCGGCUACUUUGACAAAGCUGCCCAGCCACCGGUUACAGAAGUGAUUUCGGCGGAGACAACCGCCAUUUCAAGUGAUGUCGAAGUACAGCCCCUUGAACAGGACACUGCCACGGAAACUGAAAUCGUACCACAAGACAGAAAAGACUUCCAUGAAGCUCCAGCUGCUGCUAAUUUGCCGGCACCAACUUUCCCACCACCACAACCACAUCUCAUCCCCGCCCAGACACCACAAAUCGUUCAACAAGUUUCCUUAGUUCAAUCAAUGGGACCUCUAGUAGGAAUGGCUCGCGCUCCACCAAUUCCAUCGUCCGGCCAAAUACAUCAACAUUUGGUGGAUGUUCAAGCUGUUGAGCAGGGCUACUUCAAAAAUCAAUACAUUAGACCAAUAGCUGACGUAAUCGGACCGGGCCAAGGAAAUUUCUAUUUCUUGCAAGAUUCUGAGCUGGACUCACCAGAAGUUGUUCCGGGAAAUUAUCCACAGCCACAACAACAACAGCCACCAAAUUCUCAAAUUAGUCCGAAUCAACCGGUUCCAAUUCCGGCACCGCCACCAGGUGUAGCACAGCCAUCUCCACAACAGAUUUUGCCGGCGACUCAAUUAUCAACACAGACAUUCAAUAACCAAUCGUUCCAAAACAUCGUUCCACCGCAAAUGUAUACUAAACCGAUUGUUGAUCAUAUUCCCGGUUUCGUUCCACCAGUUGCUAUUUCAUUAGUCGUACCAAACCAUCAACAAAAGGAACAAUCGUCACAAAUGAACACGAAUCAAAGUCAAGUCCACGCCAACAAUUCAGCACCGAUCUCAUUCCAACCGACAAACCAACAAAGCUUGCCAAAGGCACAAAGGCAUCGUGCAAAAGACCCAAAACAAAUGAAAAACGAUCAGCGCGUACCCGAGAUUACCGAAUGGAAGCCAGAAGAUGCUGCCAAGCCACCGGAAGAAAUGACCGAAUGGCGUGAUCAGUAUGCCACGGCCGUUACGGAUUGGAACGAGGACACAAACGAGGAUUCCACUUGGUCAAACAACAAUCGCUAUCAGUAUCGAAACAACGGUGGCAGUGCAGGCAACGGCAGUCGCGAUCGUAACAAUCGUGGCUCACGACCACCCGGCAACGCGCCUCCAAAUGGCUAUCGGAAUCGACAAAGUAAUUCGUAUCAAUCGAAUGGCGGUCGCCAAUCCGGUAGUGGUGGUGAACGUGCUGGAAAUGGUAGUUUCUAUCGAAGCGAUAACUUCUAUUCGAACGGCAGCUACAAUAAGCAAGACAAGCAAGACGGCGGUGGAUACCGUGGCGACAAUAAGCAGGAUGGCGGUUUUAAAGGGGGAAAUUUUCGAUCGCGUGAUUCACGCGAACAAGUUAAUGGUUCGAUGAGAACCGGUGGUGGUGCACCACGGAAUGUACGUAAUGGCGACAGCGUCGAACGUGAUCGGGUAUCGAAUCGAAAUACAGCACAAAAUCCUCGUCCGAAUAACAAGGGCGGAAAUUCCUAUGGUAGUGCUAGCAGACCAGCUGCGUCCAGUGGAAACGGCACUCGUCCUCAAUCGACUGUUAAUGCAUAAUUGCGCAAAUUUACCGCUUACAUAACUAUACAAUUACCACAACAAAAUUUAAUCCAAAACUAGUUUUUGUUCUCUUAAGUUAAAAAAAAAAACAAAAAAUUUUAACUUUGACUUCCCAACAAACGAACACCCAGAAUUUUAACAUCCUUCCUUUUGUCACACAUUUAAAAAAAAAUAUUUUUUCCUCAAUAUUUUGUGAAAAUUCGAUUAGUUUUCCAUGAUAGCAGGGUGGCUAAUUUGAAGAAGAUUUUCCCUCUGCACAGUUUUGUUUAAAAUUGAAUUCCAAUUCUUUUUUCGAUAAACGAAAACCAAUUUCUGGCUUUCCAAUGUGUAAAAGCUUCUCCGUUUGCGUUUGACAAGCAUUUAAAUUACAAAAUCGUAAAUAAACCAGAAACUAUGAGCGAAAUCUAAUUUCGUAAUUCAUUGAAAAAAAAAGAAAACAAA